GCUUUGUAUUUGCAGUUUCAUAUGUUUGUUUCUUUUAUUAGAAAUUUAUAUCUAACUUCUAUUUCUUAAAUGAACAUUCGGGUCUCUUAAACUUGUUGUUGCACCAGGCCGGACUGCAUCUCCUGGUUCUGGUGAACUGCCAGUGUAUACUUUCUGAAAUUCUGUAGAUGUAUGUGACUAUUCACUUUUUUGGCCAAAAGUAUCCAACUUUUCAUGGAAUGAUAAAAAAGACCAGACAAGGGAAGGAAUUAUCCAUCCUUACUAGGUCCUGUUUGAACCCAUUAAGUGAGGACAAUGGUGCCGCUGGGGCUCUUCUUAGAAGGUUGCACCUUUACAAUAUUGAAAGAAUGGAUAAUACAUCACUUUGUGUGGCAUUAUCAGCCUGCCCAAAUCUACUUGAUUUGAAGAUUGUGGGCCUGUAAGUUUCUCUGAGCUGGCUUUUUGUUUUUGUUCUUUUUGGUUUGAUUGAGAUGUCAGGACAGAGCUCAUUACUGCUGAUGAAUGAUGUAAUCCAUAAUACAAGUUGCUUCUCAAUAUGGAAAGACAUAUAUGGACUCAUAGACAUAACAUACACAUGUUUUGUAAAUUGCACCAGCUGAGAGUAUAGCAUUCUCAAGCUAAAUUAACGGUUUGAAGGUUUCUUUUUACUGAAUUAUCAAAUUUUCUGAUUCUUCUUCUGGCUUGCUUGGCAAUUGUCCGGUUGUCAAUGAUAAUGUUAAUUUGCAGCAUUGUCAUCCCUUUUCUGUUUUCCUUUUACUUCUUGAAAUUGGAAGGAUAUUAUUGUGGAUACAAUACAUUUUUCUCUUUAUGGAUUUUGAAUUAACAACCUUAUAGUUUGAGAUUCUAAGCAACAUCCUCACCCCCAACCCCCAUCCUUCUUUUUUCCUGGGGGCAGUCAUGUUGAAUUGGGGCCAACUUUGAUGUCUGUGAUUGCGAGUUGUCACUUGAUAGAGCAUUUGUUCUUUGAGUCUUCCAAAAAAGUUGUGGCAUCUUCUUCAUGGGUAUUUCUCCUUUAAUAUUCUAAGAUAUUCUUCUCACUAUUUAAUGUCUAAAGCAGGGAGAGAUGAUAGCUUGAAAUCCCGAACCUGUGUUGAUUUAGUGAACAAUUUGUCCAAAUCUUACUUCAUUGUCGCUUAGAGGUUUUAAGCUGCAUGACUAUAAAGUUCAAAUACUAGUUAAGGUUUGUGUCUGAGCUAUUGGGAUACAAUUAUUUUGUUAAAAUUCCUUGACUUGUUAAGUAUCUCUUUAUUGUGAAAAUUUUUUAUCAGAGUUCAUGUCUAGAACCUGUAUGCCAAUUUUAUUUAAAAUCUAAUUGCUGCUUUGGAUGAUGCUUCUAAUUAUGGAUGUGUGUGUGUAUUGUC